CUGUUUAGAUGACUCUCCUGCAUAUGGAGACGUGCAUUUUUGUGCAUUCUGUUCAAAGCCUCAUUCUUUAUGUAUGAAAAUAUGUCGAUUUCAGCUUGUGUGAGUUUUGGAAACAAGGGGGGGAAAUCAUUGUGUUUGUUUAGGGGAAAGGAAGUUAGAAAAGGCAACACCCUUUCCCUUGAGCAUGUAAGAAUACAGCAGAAAAGGAAACAGCGCAUUCAUGGCUGAGAUCCCAUCAAGUCUACAGAGAAGGCAACAGUAAAACCUGGAGGAAAGCUUGCUUGUGCCACCUGUGUGGAGUGUUUCAGGUCCCCAGGCCCUCUAUACAACUUCUGCCAGGCUUGCUUCACCAAACACUGUGAGCUUGGGAAGAGAAAAAACCCAUUGCCAUCUUCUGUGUGGAGAAACCCCCACCAGAGUUUAAGUCUUGAAAGCAAGCAGGGAGCUGAAGAACAUUGCCAAAAGAGUCCCAGAGCAGAAGAUGAAGGUCAAAGAGGAAGGCAGAGGAGAGGAAAGGAUUUGCCAGAGCCACCAGGAGCCUCUGAAGCUCUUCUGCAAAGACGAUCAAACACCCAUCUGUGUGGUGUGUGACAGAUCGAAAAAGCACCAGGGCCACAUGGUGCUUCCCAUAGAGGAGGCCACUCAGGAUUACAAUAAAAAAAUCCAAGAUCUGGUGGAGUCUCUGAAGAUGGAAAAAGAAAGAGUCCUUGAACUGAAAGCAAUGCGCGCAGCAAGGAAUAAACAAUCUCUGGAAACGAUAACAUCCGAGAUGCAGAGAAUGGCAUGUGUCUUUAAACAGGCUCACCAGUUUCUUGAGGAACAGAAGCAGUUAUUGCUGGAGCAGUGGGAAUCGCUGCAAGUGGCAGCUGAAGAGCAAAGGGAAUCAGAUGCUACCUGUCUUUCAGAGGACAUUGCAUGCCUGGACAGCUUCAUUGAGAAGGCAGAAGGAAGAUGGUGGCAGCCAGAGUCAACAUUUUUGCAAGAAAUGAAAAUGACUUUGAAAAGGUCCAAGAAAAGGACGUUUCCAGAACCAAUAGGGAUUUUUUCACAGCUGCAAGACAGGCUUGAUUCUUUGACUCUGCAAAACACUGCAAUUGCCAAAAGAAUGAAGAAAUUUAAAGAUUCUCUGUCUUCAGAAGUAACAAAAAGUAAUUUGGACUUUCCAGUCAUUGCUGGAACUGCAACAGGUAGCAAAAAUGCUUCGUCAUCUGGACUGGAGAAAGAGGAGGCUAGUUCUCCACUUGCAAAGAGAAGAAGGGUCAAGCAGGUGAUUGCCACAGAAAGAAAUAUGAAAUUGGAGCAGCCACAGAGAGGACUGGAGUGCUUUGCUAAACCAUUUUUUGGAAGCUUAGAGAGCAAAAUGCCCUCCCCAGCUUCUUCAUCUUGCAAAAAGUUUUCAAUGAAUAAUGAUGUGAAGGAACACCAUGAAAAUGAAUCUUCUUCUUGGUGUUCACUAUCCUAAAUGGAAAGAAUUAUGUUGUGUAGAAAUUAAGGGUACAUUCCCUCAAUGUCUCCAUCAAUCUCUGCUUCUAAAUCAGACUCACAUACUGCAACUGCAGCCAGAAUAUUAUCAUUCCCUUAUGAGGUCGCACAGUCUACAGCUAAGGAAAAUGUUCUCAAAGUUGUCAAUACAUGGCAUCAUGUACCAGCUAAACCUUCUUUUAUAGCUCACAACUUCUCACCAUUGUGCUGGAGAGACUGCAUUACCCAUACCUGGUCUGAAAGUGCUGCUGCUCAAUGCGAGGUUGGUGAAUGAAAAAGCACCCUUGAUCCAAGACUUGAUCCUGCUUGAACAAGCUAACCCAGCUUGCUUUCCAGAGACUGGCUGAAUGAAACUGGGAAAGGGGUCAUUCUCUCCCAGCUUUGUUCACCUGGGUUCCUUGUACAGCAGCAGGCAAGGUCUUGGGGGUAAGGGACCAGAAUUACAGUGAUUCCAUCUCCCUUACCAGGUGCCUCCAACCCAAAGUCUACUGAGUUUGUGGAGGUGGGUAGCUGGGAUUUUGUUGGUGCACUUCACACCUCACUGCUCAGCAGUCUCCCUUCCUGAUCUUGCUGAGUUCUCCCAGCUUGUGCUGGUGGACUUAAACAUCAAUGUAAAGACCAUUAUGUCAGAAACAGCUCAGUACUUCAUGUCCUCCAUCAUAGCUAUAGGUCUGGCACAAAUAAUGCUUGACUGGUACCACUCAUGUUGCAGGGCACACAAGUUGUCGAAGCUCAUCAAGGACACAGAGAAGUAGCCCUUUCUUCUUAUUAAUUUGGGUACCAACGACAGUAGAAAUAACACCUUUGAGCAGAUCACCUUGGACUAUGAUGCCCUGGUUAGGAAAGUGAAGAAGUUAGAAGCACAGGUGGAAUUUUCACCAAUUCUACCAGUGAAAGAUAAAGGACAACACAGGGACAAGAAGAUACUGUAAGUGAAUGACCAGCUACACAGAUGGUGUCGGCAGGAUGGGUUUAGCAUCUGGGAUCUUUGUUUUCACUUCCUAGAAGAAGAACUAAUGGCUACAGAUGGACUAUACCUCACUAAGACCGGGAUGAAUGUCUUUGGCAAAAGCAUGUUGAAUAUGAUCAGGAGCCUUUAAACUAAAUCCUUUGCGGGUGGGAGAUGAUAAUUUAAACAUCUGUCCAAAAACAAGCUCUAAUCUAAACAUAAGGAUGUGCGUUCUAAAAGCUGAGGGAAAGAAUGGGAGCCACAGUAAAACUCACAGUAGAAUAAAAGCUGAGAACAAACAAGGCUUGAGAUGUCUAUAUACCAAUGCACAGUGUCUGGGAAACAACAAGACAAGUUUGAAGUCCUAGUGCAGGAAGCAAAGGUGCUGCCACCAACAAGGCUUGGUCUUAAGUCACUGCUUCAUUGGUAUCAUUUCAGGGAAUGGUGAAAUGUUUUAAUCUGUCAUGUCAGAAACAACAAAGCAUUAAUAUCUUCUUGAAUCUAACAAGUUUUACUUGUUAGUCUCAAAGGUGCUACAAGAUCUCUCUACAAGUUUUACUUGGUUUAAGCUUUUCGAGACCACCAUUUCUGAUGAAAUAGGAUAGACUCUACAGAAGUUUAUCUGUAAUAAUAAAAUAUUUGUGUUUGUGGCAGUUGUAACUUCUUGGGACAUUGGAUUAGAUGUCUCAAGAUCUAGCUGUGAAACUGUGGGCACUGCAUACCUUCUGGUGCAUAAGAUCAUAGCCAGCAUUUAUCAUUUGUUUCCUUGUGUUUUGCAACCGUGUCCUAUUCUGCUUUUUUCUUGAGCUCAAAAACUUGUUGCCAGUUACCUGUUGUACUUCCACCCCUGUUCGCUUUGCCAGAAUGACCCAGAUUUACAUAACCAAAAUUCUCCUUCUGUUUAAAACUUGCAGGAACUCGCUAUGGGACUGCAUAGGUUGAAUAAGAUGCCAAAAAUCCCAUCUCAUAAAAGGAGAAAUGUGUGAGUUAUGUAAUAUAUACAUGGCCACGAUAAGUGAAGUCACUGUUUUCAUUUGUUACUUGAGCAAAAUGUAAACUAGUUAAUGGCUUCUUUCUAAUUGUCAAAUGGGUAUGUCAUGGACUUUGACUCUCUCUUAUGGCUGUUUCAAAAACCUGGCAACAAUGCACCAGGAUCAUAACACCAUCCAUCAGUUUAGGGUGCAUCUAUACUGCAGAAAUAAUGCAGUUGGACACUACUUUAACUGCCAUGUCUCCAUCUUACAGAAUCUUGGAAUUGGUAAUUUUUUGAGGGACCAUCACGCUUUGGCAGAGAAGACCUUGUAAAACUACAAAUCCCAGGAUUCCAUAGGCUGGGGCUACAGCAGUGGUAAUCAAACUUUUAACCCUUGAGACACCCCUUUACAUCAACGUGAAGACCGGACAUCAUUUGUCCUCCCAUUUGAUAUAGUAUAUGAAUAAAAAUAUUUCAAUACAAAAAAGUGUAUGUUUUUGUAUUAAUUUUAUAUUAUUUUAAUUAGAUUAUUUUGUUUUUAAUUUUUUAUUGUAAAGCUUUAAAAAUGUUUUUAUCUUCUGAGCCUUUCUAGAGAGAGGCAGCAUAGAAAUAAAAUAAAUAAAAAUAAAAAUGGUUGUUGUUGAUGUUCUGCUUCCCCCAAACAAUUUGGACUCAGAGCAGCCAACAAUUUAAAAGAACAGUCCAAUUAAAAAUAAAUAAUAAAAUACAGUUUAAAAUGGUAAAAACGCUUAAAAACUACACUUUGAAUUACAUGCAUAAUUUACCAUUUUAUAAGGAAACAACUUUGUUCAAGUUUUAUUUAAGUAAAUUCAAUAUUUUACUCAUGCAUGUGUAAAUUUUACACAUAAAAAAGUUGGGAAAGAUGAGGAGGAGGAGGAGGAAGAAUCAGGGCCUCUAAGUCAUGUGCUCUCCUUGGGAUUCCCACCCCACCAUUUGACAACCACUGAGCUCCAGCACUUAAAGUGGUGUCAAACUGCAUUAUUUCUACAGUGUAGACCUAUCAAAAACCAGAGUAUCUCUCAGCUCUUAACAAAGUUUCUCCCAGAUCUUUAAGGGGUCAGGUUGCUGUUUUUAGUGCAACUAUGCAAACAAUCUUACGCACACAUUCCAGGUUUGUUGGUCACACUGUGGAACCACAUCUGUGUGCAUCUCUGCAAGUUUGGUUGCUCGUACAUGUCAGCACUCAAAUAAAUGAGAAGCUGAUGAUGCAAAUGUAUUCAAAAUAUGUUCAAGACAUGUGGUUGUAUCCUGGGUCAAUCCACAUCACACAGCUGAGAAUUCAAAACUUUUAGAAAAACUUGGAAAAAAAUCCAACAUUGAUUAUCCUGAGUUAAGUGGGGGUUUCUUGGCAGCCCCCCCCAACUUAAUCAAAUGCAUUAAAAUGCAUGUGAACAACCAAAACAAUGCUAAUUUAAUUUAAGGCGUUAAUACUUAUAUUAAAAUUCAUAUAAAACAAGAUAGAAAAACAGAAUGGUGUAAAAGCUAUGCAGUGUUUAUCUUGUGAUCAAUGUGAUAACUGUGUUGGUAGCUAUGGCUGUUUAAUGACUGUAUUUUGGUUAAGUUUCAUGAAUAAUGCAUUGUACAUUAUACAAGAUGAAAUGUGCUAACAUUAAGGAUUCCAUAUAGUAGGAUGAAAAUUGGGAAGUCAAAGAAAAGGAAAGAAGACAAAGGAAAAGACACACUUUAUAUACAUAUAUAACACAAUAAAAUUUUGUGACAGAAGAAAACUUUACUUGUUGUUUCACUGGUGUUGAAACUUUGAAUUUUUUUAAAGAAGAGAAAUGCAUGUGAACAACAAAGAUUCAACCCAGAUUCUACCAGGAUUAUUUUCAUCAUCUGAAUAAACUCCAAGUGAUGUUUCACUCUCUGGCUGCUGCCU